CAACGCGUCGGUCUCUCCGUCACUUACCGUCAAACGUUCGACCGACAAACAUGAAGAAUUUUCGAUCCUUCGAUCGCGUCCUGAUAGCGCUUUUCGCUGUCGCCGCUAUUUCCACUACACUGGCGGAAGUCGUCGUCUGGCAACCGUGUUCGGACGAAGUUUCAGUUAGCGAACAACCCGGCUGUACCAUACACGAGGUUCGGGUUAAUCCGUGCAGAGAGGCUGCUCAGGGGAAACCUUGCAGAAUUAAGAGGGGAAGAAACGCGGGCAUCACAUUCGACUACACGCCGAAUUUCAGUUCCGAUACGCUUCAGAAUCGAGCAUACUGGACGAGACCGGGUGGCGACCUUCCGUUCAUCGGAAUGAAUUUGAACGCCUGUAAUGCCACCGUGUGCCCGAGCGUCUCCGGACAAAAGCAGACCUACAGUUACCAGCUUUCGAUAUCGCAGAGUUUUCCGGCGAGAACGUACGACGUGAAAUGGAAACUGUGGAAUCAGGAACAACAGGAAUGUUGUUUCGUCUUCCAGAUUAAACUUUACAAAUAAAAAUGUCGACAACCAGAGAAUUGUAACAAAAUCAAACGAAAUAAAUAAAAAUUGUGAAAAAAAAA